AUGGCGAGCGCCCCUGCUGCUCAGGUGCAGUCGCUGGGGCAGGUUGCGUACGAUGCCGAGGGAGACGGCAAGCUCACCUUUGAGGAGGCGUCGUUGAUGGUCAGCGGUAGCAAGUUAGACUACCACCCCUCGAAGUGCGUCAAGAAAGACAGGUUGGCUUUCGCUGGUGACCAUUCUAUCUUCGACCUUCCUCUGCUACCGAUCGCGAAUUCGAGUACCGCGAAGUUGGUCGCUUCCGCCGACAUGGCAUCCCACUACGAGGGCCCGAUUGACUUCGACAAGGUACACAAGUUGUGCGCACAGGGUAGGUUCAAGGACUUGCAGGAGCCGCUGUCGCUCAAGCAGGAGCCCGCCGUCCCGCACGCGAUGCAGAUCUUCAUCGUUCGCCAGAAGCCAGAGGACAGCGUGUGUUCGGCAUACCGCAUCCUCAAGGUUGUUUCUUUCGAUAAAAACAGAGUCGAUUCUGCGACCAUCCUCAAGUGUGCUCGCGGAGAGGCCCACAAAAUCGACUACGGCAAAAACUUUCGGGCGGGGUCGAUUGCGUUCCAGUUCAUGCCGGAGAAGCUCGAGGGCCAUCAAAUACGGUACUUCACGAUCAAGCCGCAGCACGAGCGGAAGCAGCCGCUAGAAGAGGACGAGCACGCGCAGGGUUACACGUUCAUCCGUGAACACGGCCCCCGCAGCAAUAACAACAGGGAGGGUUCGAAGAUAUUCGGAUGGCCUGCGCCCAAGGUGGAGACUGCGCUGCGCAAUUACCAGAAGGGCAGGACGAAUGCCAAACCGAUCUCGCGCUGGAGUUUGACGCUGAAGGACUUCUCCGGCUGGUUCCUCAAUGGCGCCCUCCGCCUGAUGAUUGGCACGCUCCACAUGCACGGGGCGCUGUGGGUCGGGAAGUCCAGAGUUGGCAAGAGCAACGGCUCGAAGACGCUUGCUUGGGUUCAUUCGGCGUGCAGCAUACAGAAGAAGGGCACCGCCGAUGAGAUCGCUUUCCUGACGGUGAAGCAUAUGGAUUUCUUCAAGGGCGAGCCGACGACGGAGAUCCUCCCUGGCAUUUUCGACGACGGCCUGCUUCAGAAGGUUCGGUGGCCUGGCGUGGCCCACGCCAUUGCCGCCCGCGGCUUCCAGGGAGACUGCGUGGAAGUCGCGGUGGCGUUGGUGAUCGGGCGAACGCUUGGCCGCUUGAAGGCACCCGCUGAUGUGCUCAAGGCUUUCUUGAACCCCAAGGAAGAGGACGCUCUGCUGUGGGCUCGGUGGGGCGGCUGCGCUUUCGAGCAAGGGUCGCGCAGACAGGCCGUCGCGAACCCCUACGACCGCGACGCGGAGAAGGCGGCGCUGGAUGCCGCGACGCUAAACAAGUACGGCCUCGACCUGCUCAAGCGUAUCAUCGCGCCGUCUCUGGAAGAUGUCAGGACAGAGGAUGACUUCAACGUCAUCCUCGCCAGGGCGCACGUCAUCGCGGUGACGGACCUCGGCGUGCAUUGGCGCGUGGCAUCCGCCAACCUGCAGGAUGGUGCAGAGUUCAUGCCGUGGCCCAACCCCAGGAGCCCCGACCUCUUCGUCAGCGAAGUGCGGGACACGACGUCGCCAGCCAUCCGCCCGCUCCCCUCAGACUACGCCGAAAAGAUGGCUUGGUCGAUUGGGUACAUGAGCAAUGUGGUCGCGGGCCUUGACGUGCCCACUAUUGCGACUGUCCAUGUUGCUCCUAUCUUCGGCGAUGGCCCUGCGCGCGUUGUCUCCGCUGUCGGCAACGUUUCAGGGUUCGUUCCAGGCGCGGCCAGCGCUCCGCCAGCCGCCGCGGCCGCUUCGGCGUUUUCCCAGCCGCCAGCCGAGUUGUCCCAGGAGGAGGACGUGUUCGGCUUCGGCGGCGGAAUGGACGAACCGCCAGAAGACAGCUCGCGCGCCGCCAGCUCCGCGCAGCCCAACAUCGUUGGGCGUUGCGGCGAGCUCACCAAGGAGGACCAGGGCGAGCAGCUCGCGAUUUUCAAGAGCCUCGCCAAGGCAAGCCACGGUGCGUUCGAGGACUUGUCCUCGCCUCCGCCAGUGAAGAGGGCGGCUCAUGAUGGGCUGCGGUGGUCCCAGAGGGCGAUCGUCGCUUCCAUUGCCGCCUCGGCCCACGGUGAAACGAUCGACGUCGAGGAUGACGACGGUCUGUCGGCAGAGCUCGCGCGCGUGCUUGACGAGGGGGGGCCGCCCUCUGAGUCGGCGACGGCACGCCGCAGCGAGGCUGACUGA